AUGUUGAUUGCGAGCAGCCGCCUGUUCGCGCACUGUGAUGUCGUAGAUAUGGACUGUAACGCUGGCAACAGUAACGGUGGCAACGGUAGUAACAGUAACGGUGCUAGCGGUGGUGGCGUUAGCAACAUAUUCACCCGCCAGCACUCGAUUUCCGGUGGUAACGGCUACUCUUUGCUGCUGGCAAACGGCGCUGGCAGCGGCCCUUCACUCAUCCCUAGUGCCACCUCGUUGCGGUGUGACAAGGUGAACGGUAACGCAACGACGAUCGUGGCCACUGGUGGCGGUACCGCCGUGGGCGGAGGCAGCACUAGCAACCUGAAUGGUAUCGGCACGGGAGGCCUGGUAUCCUUUCAACCGGCGUUGAUUGCACCAUCCUCGGCGGCCCUUAAGACAUCCUCGCUGACGUCCUCUGCCAUCCUGUUUGGGGGUAGCAGCGGCAACCUGAGCAGUGUUGGCGGGAAACCCAGUGGAAGCCACAAAUGGAUCGGUUCACUGUGUGAUGGUGCCACCUCGAUCGGUUACAGCAGCGGAAAUAGUGGCAGCAGUAGUAAAAUAAACCAGCAGCUUCACUUUCAACAUCCUCAGCAGCAGCAGCAGCAGCAGCAACAGCAACAGCAGCAAUAUCAAUUUCUCCAGCAUCAGAACCAGAAGCAUCAUUUAGCACACCAUCAUCAUCAUCAUCAUAGCUUACCGGUGACAACCAGUGGCAAUAGCGGUAGCACCAUGCUCGAUAGUCUUACUUUUCGGUUGUGCGACGUAGAUGGUGCGGUGAGUAGCACCAUGGCCAAUCCUAAUGGUGCCAGUGGUGGAAAUGGAGCAAGCAAUGGAGCCUCGAAUGGUAGUACGGGAGCUGGAAGCAUCCUGGUUGUUGUCCCGCAAACAGGAAACGGGAAACAAUCACAUUCCACCGCCAUCAACACUGGUAGUGGGGAUAGGCUUUCGUACCCGUCGCAUGAUCAUCAGCAGGCGCAAAAGAUGGCUACCGUAGCGUCAACGCAACACCAUCACCACCAUCAGCAGCAGCAGCAGCAACAACAGCAGCAACAUAGCAGCAACACCAGCAGUAGCAGUAGCAACAAUAGCGCUGCAGUUGCAACCGUCAACGAUGUGCCCAUCAAUUACAGCAAAAUGACGCGAAUCAGCAAGAUGGGACUGAGCGCGGACGGGCAACAUCAACAUCCUCAUCAGCAUCAUCAUCACCAUCAUGAUUCGGCGGCUUCCGUUUCGAUACUUCCUGCUUCGUCGUCGUCGUCCUCCUCCGUGCAGCAAGCGCAACAGCAACUGCACAAGCAACAGUUGCACCACCUGCGCAGUACUGUCGGCGGAAGUAGUGGCAACGUGGCUAAGGGCAGUGAUGCUUCAGCAGCCGCAAGUUACUGUAAGGUGACGAGGAUCGGUAACAUAACGCUGCUGGAUCCAGAGGAUCAGACCAUGGUGCAAUCGCACAUGCUGGGAAACAACAGCAACAGCAGCACAACUGGUGGUAGCAGCGGUGGCAGCAGCAGCAAUAACACUAUGAAAAAGGAUGAAGUAAGCCUUACCAAGGUGGCCAAACUUGGGCACUCGGUAGAUCAAAAGGUGUGCGAUCUGCAGCAGCACUUUAUUCAGCAGCACCAGCACCAACUGCAGCAGCUGCAGCAGCAACAGGCAGCUCAGAAACAACAAGCACAACAGCAAAAGGAGCAAGGAAACGGUGGAGGCGAAGAGGUCCGAAUCACGGAGAGUCUGGCACCGUUCGAGGUGUUACGGUUGUACAUGGACAAGCUGACGCAGUACGAGCAUCACGAGAUCUACAACUAUCCACGCAUUUAUUUCAUUGGUGCUAACGCGAAGAAACGACGUGGUGCGGGCAACUCCGACUACGACAACGAGCAGGGCUCGUAUAUUCACAUCGCGCAUGACCAUAUAGCGUACCGGUACGAGGUGCUUAAAAUCAUUGGCAAAGGCAGCUUCGGGCAGGUGGUGAAGGCUUACGAUCACCGGAACUUCCAGCACGUCGCACUCAAGAUGAUCCGGAACGAGCAGCGGUUCCACCGUCAGGCGCAGGAAGAGAUCCGAAUUUUGAAGCACCUGCGGGCGCAAGAUCGGUACAACUCGAUGAACAUUAUUCAUAUGUACGACAGCUUCGUGUUCCGGAACCACAUGUGCAUAACGUUCGAGCUGCUGUACAUCAACCUGUACGAGCUGAUCAAGAAGAACAAGUUCAAGGGCUUCAGCAUGCAGCUGGUGCGCAAGUUUACGCACUCGCUUCUCAAGUGCCUAGACGCGCUGUACAAAAACAAGAUCAUCCAUUGUGAUAUGAAGCCGGAGAACAUCCUGCUCAAGCAGCAGGGCCGCUCCGGGAUAAAGGUGAUCGAUUUCGGGUCGUCCUGCUUUGAGAAUGAGCGCGUAUACACGUACAUCCAGUCGCGGUUUUACCGGGCGCCGGAGGUGAUCCUUGGCGCCAAGUACGACAUGGCGAUUGACAUGUGGUCGCUCGGGUGCAUCGUGGCGGAGCUCUACACCGGGUCGGCACUGCUGCCGGGCGAGGACGAGUACGACCAGAUGGCUUGCAUCAUCGAGCUGCUCGGCAUGCCCCCACUGAAGCUGCUGCAUAAUGCACGGUGGCCGUCCCGGUACUUUGCGUACGAUGGUGAGGACCAGUUCCCGCACUACUGCACGUUGAGCUUCCGCGAGGACGGCCGGGAAGACAUCCAGGGUAGCUACAGCAAGCGAGGCCGAUAUCGGGGUGCGCCUGGCACCCGGGAUUUAGCCAAGGUGCUCAACUACUGCGAUGAACUCUUUCUCGAUUUCGUGAAGCACUGUUUGCGCUGGGAUCCGAAACGGCGCAUGACUCCGCAGGAGGCGCUUAACCAUAACUGGUUUCAUCGGAUGCUACCGCAAUCACCGCAGGUAGUGAAGGUCGGGGUCGUGAACGAUGCGAGCUCGGAUGCAAGUGCUGCGGCGGCGGUAAGUAGCAAUGCGGUUGCCGGAAGUUCGUCACACCCGGUGGCAGCUACCAUCAAUAAGCAGCUCACGUCAUCGAUGGUUAGUGGAGGUGGUGCCGGUAUGGAUAGUAACCCCGGUGGGAGUCUGGCAGCAGGCGUAGCUGGUAUCAGUGGCAUUUCCAUGGGUUCCUAG